AUGUUGUUGAAAGAGCAAGUCCCUAGGAGGACUUUGGGUGAGAUUAGCCUUUGUCAGAAAGAUAGCUACACAGUCCCCUCAGAAAAACUACCUGAGGGCAAGAACGAUUGCAAUUAUUUGGUAGACACUCCUAAAUGUAGAGUGGUUGCAAUAGGAUGUGUGUACAAAAUUCUCAGGGACACGAUCCAUAAUCAUCCCCUCCUGCCCGACUGUGUUAGAGUUUCUCUACUUAUUGCCAUCAACCCUAACUAUACAUUGCUUGUUCCUACUAAUGAGGCACAGAUGGUGGGGGAAGCAGUAGGGAGCUUUGUUGCAUGGCCUAGCCACCUUGUAACAGUGAGCAAGCUGAAAGGUAAAUCGAGCCAUACUAAAGAGUCAACCACAGUUUUGCAAUAUCCAGUAGCACUGGUGCCAGUUGUAGAAUACAAAUACUAUGCCUCUCUUGAGACAUAUGCGAUGGCUACGAGGAUGGUUCGUCAAGUGGUGAUUGGGGAUAUCAUUAGUUUUGAUGAUGAGCUGUAUGGAAGACCAGGCUUGUUUGAAAUUGUUCAAGAUGAAAUUUUAAAUGAAAUUCUCAAGUACGAAAUGGCCAGUACUAGUCUGAUGAGCUUUUACAUGAGAGCUGUGGUCUUGUAUCGUACUGCGACCAACAAGACCUUGUCCCCAAGGGCAUUGGACUCUUGUGAGACAUGGGUCAUAGUUAUGUGUCCACUCCAGCCAGAUUAA